UCGGCUCCCACGUUCAGUCGGCGGCUGGACGGUGAAGGGGCAGGAGGUGUUGUAGGAGCUGAAGAGUUGGUGAGCAGGCGGACUGCGGGGUUCACGGCCAGACGCCAAGAUGCCUCUGCAUGACCUGGGCAAGGUGGAGUGCCGGCAGAUAAGGGAAUGCGAUCGCGAUAUUGUCUUGGAGAUAAUGAGGGAAUGCUGGGGGGAGUCUGAGAACCGCCUGCUCCUCUUCGCCCUUACCCGCCCACCCUCUCUCCUCCUGCUUGCAUUGGCGAGCAGUGCCCUUCGCUUCCUGCUUGCCUCUUCAGCUGCUGCCCUCCUCCUGCCCCUCCUCCUGGCUGCUGCCCUCCUCAAGUUGGCAUUGGUGUCACUCCGCCGCCCACCAUCCUCGUCCUCUGGCUCGGACGCGCUGCUGGUGGCCUCCCUGUCCACGGGCGAGGUGUGCGGAGUUCUGGAGCUGGCCCCGCCCCAGACAAUGGAGUCUCACUGUGCCGAGGUGACCUGCCUGGCCGUGUCCAGGUUCCGUCGGCGCGGGGGGGCAGGCUCGGCACUCCUGGAGGGGGCAGAAGUGAGGGCAAAGGAUGCUGGAUGCCAGCAGGUCUUGGUCCGUCUCCGGACAACCGACCGUGGUGCUCUGGCUUUGUUCCGUGGGCGGGGGUACAGGCCGGUCGGGGACGGAGACACGGAGCGGGUGGAAGGGAUGGGAGGAGGGGCAGGAUGCUGCUGGGGGGUGCUGGUGGUUCAGCUGUGCCGUGGGGCCACUGUGGAAUACAUCAAGGAGCUCUGAACUCCCCUCCCUCCUCUUCUCCCUCACCAGCCAAUAGUACAGGUCAGAUUGUUGACCUCCCUCUAGUUGGCCAAUUACCGAGGCUGUAUCUUUGGCCACCGUCUUUUCAUCCAGUGGUGGGGAGGCCAAGCUAUUGACCUUCCUCCAGUCGGCCAAUCAUCUUUGACUGUCCUCCUACCAGUCACUAGUGGGGUGGCCAGAUUGUUGAAUGCCCUCUAUUGCCGGUUACUCACUGCUUUUGACUGUCCUCCCUCACUCGUCAGUGGAGGAGACCAGAUCUUUAUCCUCCUUCCUACUGGCCAGUCAGAGCACCUACAUCUUUGACCCCUCUCCACUGACAGCUAAUCAGGAUGUAACACCUCAUUCCUUCACAAGGCCAAUAGGGAAGACCAAAUAUUGACCUUCCUCCAGCAGAAGUUGACUCCAGACCUUUGACCACAGUCCAGCUGAGCCUCAAUCAGUCGGGAUGCUGGUACUUCCAUACCUCACCUUCUCUUUGCUUGCACCUUUGACCACCCUUUCUCUGGCUAAUCCGAAGAAGCUGGUUCUUCUUCCUUUUCUAACAACCUCCCCCCCACCAUCCUUUGAUCUUUCUCCUACUCCUCCCCCAUCUCAGACCUUUGCCUUUUCUGCUGCUGACCAAUCAUGUUCCUUCUAUUACUCCCAAACCAAGGGGGAGGCCACACACCCCUGGACAUCUGACCUCCUUCACACUGACCAAUGAGAUGGAAGGCCCGCCGGGGAUCAUUGUUCAUCCAAACAGGUGGCUGGCAUCAAACAUGUGACCUUCAUCGUGCUGACCAAUCAGGUGGCUGCUCCCAGCAUCAUUGUGCUUGCGUCUGUUAAUUGAUCAGGAGGCCAGGUUGUGGACUUUUGACCUCCCACCUUCUUGCCAACCAUGCAGGAGGCCGGCUCAAGAUGUUUGACCUUCCAUUCCACCAAUCAAGAAGCUGGGUGCACAUCAAGACAUCUCACCCUGACUGGUAUUUUGGGAGGCGGGUAUCUUGUCCUGGGAUGAGAUGUAAAACCAGAAUAAUUUCCACCCAUUCCCACAAACAUUGUUCAGUUUCAGGGAAAGGAAGAUCAUGGCCUCUACAUUCACUUGCCUGUCCAGUCUCUUCUGUCUGAAGCACUCCAGUUCUGGCAACGUCCUCAUGAAUCUUUCUGCGCCCCCCCCCCCCCUUAUUUCUGGCAAUCCCACCUUUCCUACAGCAGGGCGACCAGAACUGAACACAAUUCUCCCAGUGUGGUCCUGUGUGGAACUGCAACAUAAUGUCUCAACUCCUCUACUCGGUGCCAUCACUGAUGAAGAACAUAGAACAGUACACAAACCAUCUCCCUCCAUUCCCCGUACACAAUGUCCAUUUCCCUCCGUUCCCCAUACACAAUGUCCCAUCUCCCUCCGUUCCCCGUACACAAUGUCCAUCUCCCUCCGUUCCCCAUACACAACGUCCAUCUCCCACCGUUCCCUGUACACAAUGUCCAUCUCCCUCCAUUCCCCGUACACAAUGCCCAUCUCCCUCCGUUCCCCAUACACAUUGUCCGUCUCCCUCCGUUCCCCAUACAUAGUGUCCAUUUCCUUCUGUUCUCCUUUUAUAAUUGUGAGGGGUAUUGAUAGGGUAAAUGCAAACAGGCUUGUUCCACUGAGGUUGUGUGAGACUAUAUAUUAUGUUGCAGUCGUAUAAGAUGUUGGUGAGGCUGCACUUGGAGUAUUGUGUUCAGUUCUGGUCGCCCUGCUGUAGGAAAGAUGCCAUUGAGCUGGAGAGAGUGCAGACGAGAUUUUCAAGGACUGACUUCGCAAGAGAGAUUGACAGCGUUUGGAGUUGUGUGUUUGGAGUAUAAAGUUGUAUUCACAACUUUGUAGUUCCUUGUGGCCUGAUGAUCUGAACAAGAUGGGCUUGAGGCUGUCUUCAUGACUGGUAGAAUGUGCUUCCAAGCAUUUUUAUCGUCUUCCUGAAUGGAGAGGGGAGAAAAGAGAAUGUCCGUUGUGGAUGUUUGAUCACGCUGGCUGUUUUACUGAGUCAGUGGGAAGUGUAGACAGAGUCCAUGGAGGGGAGGCUGGUUUCCGUGAUGUGCUGAGCUGUGUCCACAACUCUCUGCGGUUUCCUGCAGUCCCGGGCGGAGCAGUUGCCAUACCGAGCCGUGAUGCAUCCGGAUCAGAUGCUUUCUGUGGUGCAUCGGUGAAAAUUGGUGAGGGUCGACGGGGACAUGCUGAAUUUCUUUUGCCUCCUGAGCUAGUAGAGUGUUGGGCUUUCCUGGCCGUGAUGUCAAUGUGGCCGGAUUGGGACAGGCUGUUGGUGAUGUCCACUCCCAGGAACUUGAAGCUCCCCACCUUGAUCUCACAUCUGACGAUUGUGGGGGUAAACGAUUCUUCUGUUGAGAGGGUCUCCAUGCUCCUGUAUUUCUUGCUCCAAGAAGCAGCAGCUAGAAAAGAUGAUGUUCCUAUCUCAUUAAGAUGUUCUGGAUGGUGGGGAGACUCCCCCUUCUGGCCUUUUGCCCGCUGCUCUCCAUUGGAGUUCCCCAAACCUGGAUCCUGAGGUAGUUGUGAUGGAUCUUGUGUUCCCUCCACCCAUUCUCAUGUCACUCAGGGUCAGACAGAGAGUAACUCUCCCUCCACACUGUCCCAUCACACGCUGUCAGAGUCAGAAACAGAGUGACCCACCGGGACCCCAUCUCCCACUUCCUUCACACUCUCUGGUACCCUGUGUCCUGCUUCCUUUAAACCCACUGGGAGGCUGUCUGCCACUCCUUUUAAGCCCAUUGGGACACUAGCUGGGCAUCAUCCUGCACCCCACAUGGAGGGAGCUUUGCAUUUAGGAAUACGUCCCCAGUGGGUUUAGAGAGAAACAAGGUCCCGGUGGGAUUAGGGAGAAACGAGGUCCUGGCGGGUUUGAAGGGCUUGGAGCAAAACAGCAUCUCGAUGGGUUAGAGGGAGACGGAGUCCCAGCGGGUUUCCAGGGAGAUGGCAUUGCGGUGGGUUUACAGCGAGGCAAAGUUCCGGCGGGUUUCAAAGAAGACAACGUCUCGGCAUGUUUGAAAGGAGACGCAGCCCCGCUGAGUUUACAGGGAGCUGGGUCCCGGCAUGUUUGAAGAGAGACAAGGUUCCGACGGGUUUUGAGGGAGACGGGAUCCCGGUGGGUUUGAAGGGAGAUGGCGUCUCGGUGGGUUUUAAAGGGAGACAUGGUCCCAGCGGGUUUAAAGGGAGAUGGGGCCUAGUGACCUAAACUUCAGUCAGGGAACCAGCUGCCUAAACCUUUUGGAUUUCGUGAUUGUGGCUUAUCAGAGUUUUGUUAUAAUUUGAUGAUUUGCCCAGUGUGUUUGUUAAUUUCAAAGAAUUUCUUAUUAAUAAAUUGUGAUACAAAAUUGUUCUCUCCUGUGUUAGAGCCGAAGGCUUUUCAGCUCAACUUGUUCAUGUUAACCAAAGGUAUUUUCCUGACCCGGUCCCAUCUACCUGCGUUUGCCCCGUCUCCCUCUAAAUCUUUCCUAUCCCUCUGCCUGUUCAAGUCUCUUUUAAAUGUUGUUAAUGUGUAUAUGAUGAAAAGAGGCCUUGAUGGUGUGGAUAACCAGAGGCUUUUUCCGCAGGCUGAAAUGCCUAACAUGAGGGGGCAUAGUUUUAAGGUGUUUGGAAGUAGGUACAAGAGGAAUGUCAGGGGUAAGUUUUCCACACAGAGAGUGGUGUAGAAUGCAGUGCCAGCAACGGUGGUAGAGGUGGAUACAACAGGGUCUUUUAAGAGACUCUUAGAUAGGUACAUGGAGCUGAGAAAAAUAGAGAGCCAUGCGGUAGGUUACAUGGUUGGCACAACACUGUGGGUCGAAGGGCCUGUAAUGUGCUGUAGAUUUCUAUAUUUCUAUGUGCCUGCCCCAAGCACAUCCUCUGGCAGCUUGUCCCAUAGAAAUCCCCGUGGGAUACUAAAAUCCAUCCCCCCGGCUCACCUUAACACAGUUGUCCUCUACUUUUACACUCCUAACCAUAGAGAUUGCCCACCUUAUCAACACUCACUCUUGUCAUAAUCAUACUUUAUUGAUCCCGGGGAAAUUGGUUUUGGUUACAGUUGCACCAUAAAUAAUUAAAUAGUAGUAAUAAAAACCAUAAAUAGUUAAAUAGUAAUAUGUAAAUUAUGCCAGGAAAUAAGUCCCUUUGAACACUCAAGAUCCUUGUCUCCCGCUCCCUUUAAACCCUUUGGGACACUGUGUUCUGCUGCCUUUAAAACCACCGGGAACCCGGUCUCGCGUUUCCCUUAAACCCACUGGGGACCCCGUCUGUCGCUCCCUUUAAACCCACUGGGGACCCCCGUCUCCCGCUCCCUUAAAACCACUGGGGACCACGUCUCUCGCUCCCUUUAAAUCCACUGGGGACCCCGUCUCCCACUCCCUUUAAACCCACUUGGGAACUGUCUCCUGCUCCCUUUAAACCCACUGGGGACCCCGUCUCCCACUCCCUUUAAACCCACUGGGGACUCCGUCUCCCACUCCCUUUAAACCCACUUGGGACCCCGUCUCCCACUCCCUUUAAACCCACUUGGGACCCUGUCUCCUGCUCCCUUUAAACCCACUGGGGACCCCGUCUCCCGCUCCCUUUAAACCCACUGGGGACUCCGUCUGCCACUCCCUUUAAACCACUGGAGACCCUGUCUCCCACUCCCUUUAAACCACUGGGUACCCUGACUCCUGCUCUCUUUAAUCCCUCCAGACCCCAUGUCCCACUCCCUUUAAACUCACCAGAGUCUCUGUCUCCUGCUCCCUUUUAACCUACCAGGGACCCCUACUCCUGCACCCUUUAAACCACUGGGGACCCCGUCUGCCACUCCCUUUAAACCACUGGGUGUGCGUCUGCCGCUCCCUUUAAACCACUGGGGACCCCGUCUGCCGCACCCUUUAAAACCACUGGGGACCCCGUCUGCCGCUCCCUUUAAACCACUGGGGACCCCGUCUCCCGCUCCCUUUAAAACCACCGGGAACCCCAUCUGCCACUCCCUUUAAACCAUUGGGGUGUCCAUCUGCUGCUCCUUAUAAACCCACUGGAGACCCUGUCUCGUGGUUCCCUUAAACUCACUGGGGACCCCGUCUCCUGCUCCCUUUAAAACCACUGGGGACCCCCUCUCCCACUCCCUUUAAAACCUACCGGGGACCCCGUCUCCUGCUUCCUUCAAACCCACUGGGGACCCCGUCUCCCGCACCCUUUAAAACCACCGGGAACCCCAUCUGCCGCUCCCUUUAAACCAUUGGGGUGUCCAUCUGCUGCUCCUUAUAAACCCACUGGGGACCCCGUCUCCUGCUCCCUUUAAACCAUUGGGGUGUCCAUCUGCUGCUCCUUGUAAACCCACUGAGGACCCCGUCUCCUGCUCCCUUUAAACCAUUGGGGUGUCCAUCUGCUGCUCCUUAUAAACCCACUGGGGACCCCGUCUCCCGCUCCCUUUAAACCACUGGGGACCCCGUCUCAUGCUUCCCUUAAUCCCACCGGGGACCCAGCCUUGCACUUCCCUUAAACCCACCGGGGACCCCGUCUUGCGCUUCCCUUAAAGACACCAGGUACACUGUCUUGCCCUCCCUUUAAAACCACCGGAAACCCCGUCACGUGUUCCCUUUAAACCCACUGGGGACCCCGUCUCCUGCUCCCUAUAAACCCACCAGGAUCACGAGUCCCAUUCCCUUUAAACCACCGGGGACCUUGACUCAUACUCCCUUUAAACCACCGGGAAUACCGUCUUCCACUCCCUUCAAACCCAACGGGUAUCACGUCACGCUCUUCCCUUAACCCCACCGAGGACCCCGUCUCCCGCUCCCAUUAACCCACUAGGGAACCCGUGACUUGCUCCCUUUAAAUGACUGGGGACCUUGACUCCUGCUCCCUUUAAACCAUCAUGGAUCCCUUCAUCUGCUCCCUUUAAACCCACCAGGGAUCCAGACACCGGCUCCUUUUAAACCCACUGGGGACCCCGUCUCCCGCUCCCUUUAAACCACUGGGUACCCUGACUCCCACAGCCUUUAAUUUCACCAGAGACUCUGUCUCCUGCUCCCUUUAAACCCUUAAGGACUCUCUGUACCGUUUCCUUUAAACCAUUGGAGAUCCUAUCUCAUGCUCACUUCAAACGACCAGGGAACCAGACUCCCACUCCCUUUAAACAACUGGGAUCCCGUCUCCCGCUCCCUUUAAACCCACUGGGGACUCCGUCUCCCACUCCCUUUAAACCCACUUGGGACCCUGUCUCCUGCUCCCUUUAAACCCACUGGGGACCCCGUCUCCUGCUCCCUUUAAACCCACUGGGGACUCCGUCUGCCACUCCCUUUAAACCACUGGAGACCCUGUCUCCCACUCCCUUUAAACCACUGGGUACCCUGACUCCUGCUCUCUUUAAUCCCUCCAGACCCCAUGUCCCACUCCCUUUAAACUCACCAGAGACUCUGUCUCCUGCUCCCUUUUAACCUACCAGGGACCCCUACUCCUGCACCCUUAAAACCACUGGGGACCCCGUCUGCCACUCCCUUUAAACCACUGGGUGUGCGUCUGCCGCUCCCUUUAAACCACUGGGGACCCCGUCUGCCGCACCCUUUAAAACCACAUGGGGACCCCAUCUGCCACUCCCUUUAAACCAUUGGGGUGUCCAUCUGCUGCUCCUUAUAAACCCACUGGAGACCCUGUCUCGUGGUUCCCUUAAACCCACUGGGGACCCCGUCUCCCACUCCCUUUAAAACCUACCGGGGACCCCGUCUCCUGCUUCCUUUAAACCCACUGGGGACCCCGUCUCCCGCACCCUUUAAAACCACCGGGAACCCCAUCUACCGCUCCCUUUAAACCACUGGGGUGUCCAUCUGCUGCCCCUUAUAAACCCACUGGGGACCCCGUCUCCCGCUCCCUUUAAACCACUGGGGACCCCGUCUCCCGCUCCCUUUAAACCACUGGGGACCCCGUCUCAUGCUUCCCUUAAUCCCACCGGGGACCCAGCCUUGCACUUCCCUUAAACCCACCGGGGACCCCGUCUUGCGCUUCCCUUAAAGACACCAGGUACACUGUCUUGCCCUCCCUUUAAAACCACUGGAAACCCCGUCACGUGUUCCCUUUAAACCCACUGGAAACCCCGUCUCCUGCUCCCUAUAAACCCACCAGGAUCACGAGUCCCAUUCCCUUUAAACUACUGGGGACCCCGUCUCAUGCUUCCCUUAAUCCCACCGGGGACCCAGCCUCGCACUUCCCUUAAACCCACCGGGGACCCCGUCUUGCGCUUCCCUUAAAGACACCAGGUACACUGUCUUGCCCUCCCUUUAAAACCACUGGAAACCCCGUCACGUGCUCCCUUUAAACCCACCGGAAACCCCGUCUCCUGCUCCCUAUAAACCCACCAGGAUCACGAGUCCCAUUCCCUUUAAACCACCGGGGACCUUGACUCCUACUCCCUAUAAACCACCGGGAAUACCGUCUUCCACUCCCUGCAAACCCAACGGGUAUCACGUCACACUCUUCCCUUAAUCCCACCGAGGACCCCGCCUCCUGCUCCCAUUAACCCACUAGGGAACCCGUGACUUGCUCCCUUUAAAUGACUGGGGACCUUGACUCCUGCUCCCUUUAAACCAUCAUGGAUCCCUUCAUCUGCUCCCUUUAAACCCACCAGGGAUCCAGACACCGGCUCCUUUUAAACCCACUGGGGACCCCGUCUCCCGCUCCCUUUAAACCACUGGGUACCCUGACUCCCACAGCCUUUAAUUUCACCAGAGACUCUGUCUCCUGCUCCCUUUAAACCCUUAAGUACUCUCUGUACCGUUUCCUUUAAACCAUUGGAGAUCCUAUCUCAUGCUCACUUCAAACAACCAGGGAACCAGACUCCCACUCCCUUUAAACAACUGGGAUCCCGUCUCCCGCUCCCUUUAAACCCACUUGGGACCCUGUCUCCUGCUCCCUUUAAACCCACUGGGGACCCCGUCUCCCGCUCCCUUUAAAACCACUGGGGACUCCGUCUCCCACUCCCUUUAAACCCACUUGGGACCCCGUCUCCCACUCCCUUUAAACCCACUUGGGACCCUGUCUCCUGCUCCCUUUAAACCAUCAUGGAUCCCUUCAUCUGCUCCCUUUAAACCCACCAGGGAUCCAGACACCGGCUCCUUUUAAACCCACUGGGGACCCCGUCUCCCGCUCCCUUUAAACCACUGGGUACCCUGACUCCCACAGCCUUUAAUUUCACCAGAGACUCUGUCUCCUGCUUCCUUUAAACCCUUAAGGACUCUCUGUACCAUUUCCUUUAAACCAUUGGAGAUCCUAUCUCAUGCUCACUUCAAACGACCAGGGAACCAGACUCCCACUCCCUUUAAACAACUGGGAUCCCGUCUCCCGCUCCCUUUAAACCCACUUGGGACCCUGUCUCCUGCUCCCUUUAAACCCACUGGGGACCCCGUCUCCCGCUCCCUUUAAAACCACUGGGGACUCCGUCUCCCACUCCCUUUAAACCCACUGGGGACUCCGUCUCCCACUCCCUUUAAACCCACUUGGGACCCUGUCUCCUGCUCCCUUUAAACCCACUUGGGACCCUGUCUCCUGCUCCCUUUAAACCAUCAUGGAUCCCUUCAUCUGCUCCCUUUAAACCCACCAGGGAUCCAGACACCGGCUCCUUUUAAACCCACUGGGGACCCCGUCUCCCGCUCCCUUUAAACCACUGGGUACCCUGACUCCCACAGCCUUUAAUUUCACCAGAGACUCUGUCUCCUGCUCCCUUUAAACCCUUAAGUACUCUCUGUACCGUUUCCUUUAAACCAUUGGAGAUCCUAUCUCAUGCUCACUUCAAACGACCAGGGAACCAGACUCCCACUCCCUUUAAACAACUGGGAUCCCGUCUCCCGCUCCCUUUAAACCCACUUGGGACCCUGUCUCCUGCUCCCUUUAAACCCACUGGGGACCCCGUCUCCCGCUCCCUUUAAAACCACUGGGGACUCCGUCUCCCACUCCCUUUAAACCCACUUGGGACCCCGUCUCCCACUCCCUUUAAACCCACUUGGGACCCUGUCUCCUGCUCCCUUUAAACCCUUAAGGACUCUCUGUACCGUUUCCUUUAAACCAUUGGAGAUCCUAUCUCAUGCUCACUUCAAACGACCAGGGAACCAGACUCCCGCUCCCUUUAAACAACUGGGAUCCCGUCUCCCGCUCCCUUUAAAUCACCUGGGACUCCGUCUCCCGCUCCCUUUAAACCACUGGGGACCCUGACGCCUGCCCACUUUAAACCCACCGGGGAUCCUGUCUCCUGCUCUCUUUAAACUCACUCGGGACUCCGUCUCCCACUCCCUUUAAAUCACCGGGGACUGUCUGCUGUUCCCUUUUAAACCCUCCAGGGCCUGGUGUCCUGCGAUCUUUAAACCACCAGGGUCCCAUCUCCCGCUCCCUUUAAACGCACUGGGGACCCCGUCUCCUUCUCCCUUCAAACCCACCGGGACCCCAUCUCCCACUCCCUUCAAUACCACUGGGGACCCCGUCUCUCGCUCCCUUUAAACCCACUGGGGACUCUGUCUCCUGCUCCCUUUAAACCCACCGGGGACUCUAUCUCCCGCUCCCUUUAAACCCACCGGAGACUCCGUCUCCUGCUCCCUUUAAAGCUCUGGGGAUGCCAUCUCCUGCUCACUUUAAACCCACCUGGGACCCCAUCUCCUACUCCCUUUAAACGCACUGGGGACCCCAUCUCCCACUCCCUUUAAACCCACUUGGGACCCCGUCUCCCACUCCCUUUAAACCCACUGGGGAGCCCGUCUCCUGCUCCCUUUAAACCCAGCGGGGACUCUGUCUCCCACUCCCUUUAAAACCUACCGGGGACCCCGUUUCCUGCUUCCUUAAAACCAACUGGGGACCCCGUAUCCUGCUUCCUUUAAACCCACUGGGGACCCCAUCUCCUGCUCCCUUUAAACCAUUGGGGUGUCCAUCUGCUGCUCCUUAUAAACCCACUGGGGACCUGUCUCCCGCUCUCUUUAAACCCACUGGGGACCCCAUCUCCCGCUCCCUUUAAACCCACCGGGAAUCCGUCUCCCGAUCCCCUUAAACCCACUUGGGACCCCGUCUCCCACUCCCUUUAAAACCUACCGGGGACCCCGUUUCCUGCUUUCUUUAAACCCACUGGGGACCCCAUCUCCUGCUCCCUUUAAAACCACCGGGAACCCCAUCUGCCGCUCCCUUUAAACCAUUGGGGUGUCCAUCUGCUGCUCCUUAUAAACCCACUGGGGACCCCGUCUCAUGCUUCCCAUAAACCCACCGGGGACCUUGACUCCUACUCCCUUUAAACCACCGGGAAUACCGUCUUCCACUCCCUUCAAACCCAACGGGAACGUCACGCUCUUCCCUUAAUCCCACCGAGGACCCCGUCUCCCGUUCCCAUUAACCCACUCCCUUUAAACGCACCGGGGACCCUGUCUCCUUCUCCCUUCAAACCCACCAGGGAACCCACUCCCUUUAAACUAGGGAACUCGUGACUUCCUCUUUUUAAAUGACUGGGGACCUUGACUCCUGCUCCCUUUAAACCAUCAUGGAUCCCUUCAUCUGCUCCCUUUAAACCCACCAGGGAUCCAGACACCGGCUCCUUUUAAACCCACUGGGGACCCCGUCUCCCGCUCCCUUUAAACCAUUGGGUACCCUGACUCCCACUGACUUUAAACUCACCAGAGACUCUGUCUCCUUCUCCCUUUAAACCCUUAAAGACUCUCUGUACCAUUUCCUUUAAACCAUUGGAGAUCCUAUCUCAAUAGACCAGGGAACCAGACUCCCGCUCCCUUUAAAUCACCUGGGACUCCGUCUCCCGCUCCCUUUAAACCACUGGGGACCCUGACGCCUGCCCACUUUAAACCCACUGGGGAUUCUGUCUCCUGCUCUCUUUAAACUCACUCGGGACUCCGUCUCCCACUCCCUUUAAAUCACCGGGGACUGUCUGCUGUUCCCUUUUAAACCCUCCGGGACCUGGUGUCCUGCGACCUUUAAACCACCGGGACCCCAUCUCCCACUCCCUUUAAUACUACCGGGGACUCCGUCUCCUGCUCCCUUUAAACCACUGGGGAUGCCAUCUCCUGCUCACUUUAAACCCACCUGGGACCCCAUCUCCUACUCCCUUUAAACGCACUGGGGACCCCAUUUCCUACUCCCUUUAAACGCACCGGGGACCCUGUCUCCUUCCCCCUUCAAACCCACCAGGGAACCCAGUCUCCCACUCCCUUUAAACCCACUGGGGAUCCCAUCUCCUGCUGCCUUUAAACCCACUGGGGAUCCCAUCUCCUGCUGCCUUUAAACCCACUUGGGAGCCCGUCUCCUGCUCCCUUUAAACCCAGCGGGGACUCCGUCUCCCACUCCCUUUAAAACCUACCGGGGACCCUGUUUCCUGCUUCCUUUAAACCCACUGGGGACCCCGUCUCCUGCUCCCUUUAAACCAUUGGGGUGUCCAUCUGCUGCUCCUUAUAAACCCACUGGGGACCCUGUCUCCCGCUCUCUUUAAACUCACUGGGGACCCCAUCUCCCGCUCCCUUUAAACCCACCGGGGACUCCGUCUCCCGAUCCCUUUAAACCCACUUGGGACCCCGUCUCCCACUCCCUUUAAAACCUACCGGGGACCCCGUUUCCUGCUUUCUUUAAACCCACUGGGGACCCCAUCUCCCGCUCCCUUUAAAACCACCGGGAACCCCAUCUGCUGCUCCCUUUAAACCAUUGGGGUGUCCAUCUGCUGCUCCUUAUAAACCCACUGGAGACCCUGUCUCCUGCUCCCUUUAAACCAUUGGGGUGUCCAUCUGCUGCUCCUUAUAAACCCACUGGGGACCCCGUCUCCCGCUCCCUUUAAACCACUGGGGACCCCGUCUCAUGCUUCCCAUAAACCCACCGGGGACCCAGCCUCGCACUUCCCUUAAACCCACCGGGGACCCCGUCUUGCGCUUCCCUUAAAGACACCAGGUACACUGUCUUGCCCUCCCUUUAAAACCACUGGAAACCCCGUCACGUGCUCCCUUUAAACCCACUGGGGACCCUGUCUCCUGCUCCCUAUAAACCCACCAGGAUCACGAGUCCCAUUCCCUUUAAACCACCGGGGACCUUGACUCCUACUCCCUUUAAACCACCGGGAAUACCGUCUUCCACUCCCUUUAAACCCAACGGGUAUCACGUCACGCUCUUCCCUUAACCCCACCGAGGACCCCGUCUCCCGCUCCCAUUAACCCACUAGGGAACCCGUGACUUGCUCCCUUUAAAUGACUGGGGACCUUGACUCCUGCUCCCUUUAAACCAUCAUGGAUCCCUUCAUCUGCUCCCUUUAAACCCACCAGGGAUCCAGACACCGGCUCCUUUUAAACCCACUGGGGACCCCGUCUCCCGCUCCCUUUAAACCACUGGGGACCCUGACGCCUGCCCACUUUAAACCCACCGGGGAUCCUGUCUCCUGCUCUCUUUAAACUCACUCGGGACUCCGUCUCCCACUCCCUUUAAAUCACCGGGGACUGUCUGCUGUUCCCUUUUAAACCCUCCGGGACCGAGUGUCCUGCGACCUUUAAACCACCAGGGUCCCAUCUCCCGCUCCCUUUAAACGCACUGGGGACCCCGUCUCCUUCUCCCUUCAAACCCACCGGGACCCCAUCUCCCACUCCCUUUAAUACCACUGGGGACCCCGUCUCCCGCUCACUUUAAACCCACUGGGGACUCUGUCUCCUGCUCCCUUUAAACCCACCAGGGACUCUAUCUCCCGCUCCCUUUAAACCCACUGGGGACUCCGCCUCCUGCUCCCUUUAAACCACUGGGGAUGCCAUCUCCUGCUCACUUUAAACCCACCUGGGACCCCAUCUCCCACUCCCUUUAAUACCACUGGGGACCUCGUCUCCUGCUCCCUUUAAACUGCUGGGGAUGCCAUCUCCCGCUCACUUUAAACCCACCUGGGACCCGUCUCCUACUCCCCUUAAAUGCACUGGGGACCCCGUCUCCUUCUCCCUUCAAACCCACUGGGAACCCAGUCUCCCACUCCCUUUAAUACCACUGGGGACCCCGUCUCCCGCUCCCUUUAAAACUACUGGGGACCCGGUCUCCCGCUCCCUUUAAACCCACUGGGGACUCCAUCUCCCACUCCCUUUAAACCCACCGGGGACUCUAUCUCCCGCUCCCUUUAAACCCACCAGGGACCCUGUCUCGCGCUCCCUUUAAACCCACUGGGGUCUCGGUCUUCCGCUCCCUUUAAACUCACUGGCGACUCCGUCUCCUGCUCCCUUUAAACCCACGGGGGACUCCGUCUCCUGCUCCCUUUAAACCCACCGGCGGACCCCAUCUCCUACUCCCUUUAAACCACCGGGGACCCCAUCUCCUACUCCCUUUAAACCCACCGGGGACCCCAUCUCCUACUCCCUUUAAACCCACCAGGGACUCCGUCUCCUUCUCCCUUCAAACCCACCGGGGACUCUAUCUCCUACUCCCUUUAAACCCACCAGGUAGUCCAUUACCCUGGUGAGAAGGGCACAACCUGGUGAAGCUGAGACGACGUUGAAAUUGACCACUGCUCACUUGCAUCCUCCUGGCUAACGUUUAGCCUCUGAAUAACGUGCAUGCCCUCAAACCCUUUUGUUCCCCGGAUCUGGAGUAUCUCGUGCUGCUGUGCAGACCUUCCUUGCUGCCUAGGGAGUGAACGGCUGUCAUUAUCACAGUG